GCAAGCUUACUGUGUGAGAGGAGAGAAGUUGUCGACGUGUUCCCUCGACAGCUGCCACCACUAUAAGAUCCGGUUCACACGAGUCUCCUCACUUGUCUCCCCUUGAUCUUCUUUUUACACUUUUAUAAGAGCUUUCUGAAAACUGUGCAUGGCACUAUCACCAAAUUUCUUCUUCUUCGUUCACUUUUCUUUAUUGCAUUAUACCGUAAUUGAUCUUAGUUAAUUGAUUAUUCGUUGAUAAUUUCAUCAUUUUAUUGGCAAUAGCUGGUAAUAGUGUUACGAGAUGGAUGAUGAAAUAACCUUUCAUUUGCAGAACUGAAAGAGCCACCUCAUGCGCGAACUUUUUGCCAGAGAAGCACUUAUCAAGGACGUUCAAUUUGCAAUACACUCGUAUGGUGACAGUGUUGGUGUAAGUCGGUAAACAGGAAAACACUGUGCGCAUUCAUUCCUCUCUACUGACCCACAUUCGCAGAAGUCGCUAUCUUUUCUUCUGCUUCUCUUCUCUACCCUCGAACAAUCAGCUAUAAGUCAAGCCAGCCACGGCUCGUUGAUCUGUCGUUUCUCCUUGCUCAGGAUCGUACGAAUCACUUUUUUCACCUUGCAUUUAUCUUUGUUCGAAGAAAAAAGUGGUACCUAUCAAUAAUUCAUUUCUCCAGUCGCUGUUUUAUCGACUGGUUAUUUUCAGGUAAGAAAGCUGUUUUAGUUUCGUAACGUCAUGUAAGUAUGUAAUUAAGUAAGAGUAAAUAACUGGAUAAAAUAUUAAAUAUAAAAUUUAAGACACUAGAACUAUUUUUAGAGAAUAUACUUAAAUUUAUUUUUUUAUACAAAAUUAUUAAAAAAAGAAAGUGAUUAUAUUUGAUCCGCAGCAGUUGUUGUCCAACAAUAACAAGUAAGUAGAUAAGAUAUUAAAUAAAAGAUUUAAGGCCCUAGAAUUAUUUUUAAAAAAUACAUAAUUGAAUUUGUUAGAUAUACUUAUUAGAAAAUUUAGAGAAAGAGGAAUGAUUAGAUUUGGAAAAAAGUAAUUUUGAUGUUUUUGCAGCAUCUUAACUAGAAUUUUUUCUUUCAGAGAUCCUUAUAAGUGGCGACGCGACGCAACGUCACUGGAUCAUUCGUCUGCACGUCAACUUUCUUCCGUUUCAUUUUUGUCGACGUUCAGUCACUAUUUUCGACUAAUUUACUAAUUCGAAUCGGAACUAGCGGGAUCCCCGUCGACGUUCGAUUCAAAGAAAUACAUUUGUACGGAUGUUAGGAAACAUCAAAGCACGUCACAUUGUCGGACGUCCCUCUGAAUGUGUUUCUUCUUUUACACUUGAGGAAAGUAAAGUGAAACCAACGUAAAGUGAAACCUUUCAGUAGAGAAGUAACUAUAAUAAGAAAAGUGAAAAGAAUUAGAAAUUGAGAAAGAGUUACCAGAAAUAUAUUUUUUAACCUCUCUGAUUUUGAUAUUGCAGAAUUUAUAUCAUAAUUUAAUAUUUCAGAAUUUUAAUAUGCCUAUUUUAAUGUUGCAUGAAGAAGAUAUUUGAUAAAAUUGUAACAAGGUUGGUCACUGAAUGUAAGAAGUAAAAUCAAGAGGAAAAAAAAGGAAGCAGUAGUCGGGUCGAAUUUCGGGGACCGUCAUUUCAUUGUUUUUUCUCCUUUUCUGCUGAAAGAUGAUCGAUUUGUGACGGUCAGGUCGAAAGAAAACGUGGAAAAGGUCAGAACGUAGAAAAGAUCAUACAUGGAGCUCAGGUCAAUGUCGAGACGAUCACCACCUUACACGCAUAACGAACAAAGGUUCAUGAACUCGCAGAAUGCCUGCACAACAAAGAAACAAAAUGGUUUAAGUAAAACCAAAGUAGAGGAGGAGGACAAUUCACCAACAGUGAUAGUUAGAGAUGUACGUGUCUUUCCAAAAUGUAAAUACUUUGUCUACUCUAUCUGUGGGCUCCUGAUAUGCUUCCUCUGUAUUGUUUGGAUCAGCCUCGUGUUCCCUUAUCCUAUGCAUGCUUCUUGUAUUGUAAAAUGGAAGUUUGGUGAUCCAUGCAAGUAUGUUAUGCAGAAAUUUAGGAGUCAGAUACUUAAUUGGUCGUCCUGCGUGAAUUGUGGCCCACGUGGUGGUAGAUGUCUAUAUACACUCAAGGAACCAAAACCAAGUGAAAGUAACAUAAUUAAAGCUAUUCAUCUUGCUCCAAAUUUGAAGAUUACGGAAACCAUCAAAAUUGAUUUUGAUGAAAUUAACAAAACUUGCGUAGCAACGGGAGAAUCCGUGUCAAAUGAAUGGUUCAGGAUUUUCGAUUAUGGCACAAAUUACUGCAAUUUGCAUAAUUUAGUAACCGAGAUUGGUUUUGAUAAAAGUUCGAAGUUUUUGGAAUUGACAAGCAAUGCAGUUUGCACGCAAUACAAUAUGGCAGUUUGUGACUGAAAAAUAUU